AGAUACUGACUUGUAUUUAUCAUCUACUGGCGUAUACCAGCUAGCGAGUAUCCUUUGCUCUUGCUGGGCUCUAGUAUGCUGCUGCUAUCUGCCCAGACAAGGCAUCACGAAAUCUCAGAAAUCUGAAGAUUUCGUUCAUUCCCUUCUGCAACUGCAAGCAGAGGAAGUUUCAUCUUGAUCGCUGUUGAUUGAAGUAAUCCUGUAUUCAGGUGUAGCAGCAUGGUUUUCUCCUGGUGAUUGGCCGAUAAUCUUCUUUUAUCUAUUUUGUUUAUAGCUUGCGCACAGCCUCGCGAGAUCUUGAAACUAUCGAUGGGCUAGAAGACUGGUUCUAAGGUGCAGCAGCAUGGUUUCCCCCUGGUAAUUGACUGAUAAUUUUCUGUUAUCUAUUGCGAUUCUUAGCUUGCACUCAGCCUUGCGAGAUCUUUAAAACUAUAGAUGGGCUAGAAGACUGCAGGUUUAUAAGCUUUCGGUUUCAGCCAGACUCAAGGAAUAUCCUAGUGUUUUUGGUGGACCUCUGGCGCUGAGUUUGUCUGAUCCAUGGCAGCCGUACUUGAAACUUUGCUUAAAUCAAGUGUCAAUAAGUUGCAAGAUGUCAUUACAGAUGAGGCCAUACUAAUCCUAGGGGUGGAAGAAGAGCUCACAAAAACUACUGCGACGAGUGGAACUAAUUCAGUGUUGUAUAUACCAUGCUGAGAAAAGGAGGACAAAAGAGCAAGCAGUAAACAAUUGGCUUGGUCAACUGAGAGAUGUUGUAUAUGAUGUUGAUGAAAUCUUGGACGUGGCUAGAUGUAAAGGAAGCGAGCUACUUGCUGACCACCCUUCACCAUCAUCAGACAAAUCAGUUGAAUGUAAAGGCCUUUCAGUUUCCUCCUGUUUUUGCAACAUAGUGCCACGCCGUGAUGUUGCAGAAUGCAUGACCUCUUAAGACAGCUUGCUUUAAAUAUAUCAAGAGAAGAAUGUUUUGUUGGAGAUGUUGAAUCAUUAAGGGGUGAAAAUAUGUCAAAACUGCGACGUGUUACUGCUGUUGCAACUAAAAAGGAUAUAUUAGUGUUGCUUAGCAAGGAUAAAGUCAAAGUUAAGGUGAGGACUUUCCUAACUGUUCGUGGUCCAUAGAGAAUUGAGGAUACAUUGUUCAAGAGAUUUCUGCUUCUUCGUGUUUUGGUACUGAAUUACACACUCGUGCAAAGCAUCCCAAAUUAUAUAGGAAAAUUGAUACAUCUACGCCUACUUAAUCUAGAUCACACUGGCAUAUCUUGUCUUCCGGAAUCCAUUGGCUCCCUAAAGAACCUUCAAGUACUGAGCUUGAGAUGGUGUAAUGAUCUGCACACUCUUCCUUCGGCAAUGACCCUGUUGACCAGUUUAAGAUGUCUUAAUCUUUUUGGCACAAAAAUAAAUCAGGUUCCCAAAGGCAUAGGCAAACUGAAGUUCCUCACCCAUUUAAGAGAUUAUCCUGUUGGUGAUGGAAGUGAUAAUGCUGUUGUACAAGAUGGAUGGAAGUUAGAAGAGUUGUCUUCUUUGUCGCAGAUGAGGUAUCUUUCUCUUGUUAAAUUGGAAAGAGCAGCUCACUGCAGUACAAAUACAGUGCUUAUAGACAAAAAGCAUCUAAAGACUCUAAUACUAGAGUGGACUAAACAUGGAGAGGGGUCAUAUUCUGAAGAAAAUGUUAGCAAUGUUGAGAAGGUGUUUGAGCAGCUAAUACCUCCACCUAACCUGGAAGACCUAUCUAUUGUUAGAUUCUUUGGUCAGCGGUAUCCCACCUGGUUUGGUACCACCUGUUUGUCUUCAUUAUUAUACAUGAAACUCAUAGAAGUACGAUCAUGUGUGGAACUACCACCGUUUGGGCAGCUACCCAACUUGAAAUUUCUGAGAAUUGAUGGAGCACAUGCAGUUACCAAGGUUGGACCUGAAUUUGUUGGCUGCAAGAAGGGUGAUCCUGUAUAUAAUGAGUUGGUUGCUUUCCCUAAGCUUGAAUGCUUGAUCUUCAAGGAUAUGCCCAACUGGGAGGAGUGGUCUUUUUUUGAGGAAGAAGUUGUUGCUGCUGAUGUAAGGGGAGAGGAUGGAGUUGCUGAGAUUCUAAAAGAGGAUACCCAAUCUGCAAGGUUGCAACUGCUGCCCCAUUUGUUGCAAGUGCAACUUUGCGGUUGCCCGAAGCUGAGGGAUCUCCCGCAACAGCUUGGAAAAGACACCGCCUGUCUGAAGGAGCUCAGUUUAAGAGAACUAAACAACUUGAAGGCCAUGGAGGACCGCCCAGUGCUCUCUGAGCUCCUUUUUAUUGGGAAUUGCGAAGGCCUGGAGAGGAUCUGCAACCUCCGUCAAGUAACAAAGCUGCGUGUAUUUGGUUGUCCAAACUUAAGCCAUGUAGAGGGGCUGGACAGUUUGCAGCAGCUGAGGCUAGGCAAGGAUAUGCAAGAGAUAUCUUCAAGAUGGGUGCCUGGGCUUCAAGAGCAGCACCGGCGGCUUCAUGGCGAGGACCUGGAUGUCUACACUGUCUAGCAGUUAGAUGCCUCAAGAGUUGAUAAUAUGGGCAAACGGUGAAAGGCGGCGACAAGUACUUGUUCAAGGAGCUAUCUGUGGGAGGAGAAGUGUGAAGGAUAAGGGACAAAGCUCUGUUCUCUGCGAUGGAGCUGAAGAAGAAGAAGGAAACUGCAGAAACUACUUACUAGCUACACCAUCUGCCAAAAAACUUAAUAGUGCAAUGCACUGCUCUUCAGACUUCAGUGGUACUACUAUCGUUUUCUUUUCUGAACUUAAUUAUUGUCGCUCUUCAGUGGCUGUUUAGUUUAGUUGGGAGGAAUUGGAUAUAUUUGGUUAAUUGGAACGUUUCCUGUAAUCAAACUGAAGCGAGGUGCAUCUCGUGUGUAGUACUGUAUUUGUUUACUCCCAUGCUGGCUUGUAUGUAAUCAAACCUUAAAUCUUGUGCGCGGGACUAAUAAGGUUACUUCACUCAUGGACGGGCUGCAAUCAAUCAA